AUGAGAUUUUGUAUUGCUCUUCAGAGGCAUUUUCGCCUUUCGGAAUUUCGAAUUCGCUCACCACACCCUUACCUUGAUGGCUUCUUGAAUGAAAAGAACAGAUAUCAACAUGCCGAAAAGUUCUCCAGCCACCCUCGUAAAUCGAGUGAUAAUAGUACAAGCCCCACGCUAAAUAGAGCUCGGUUCCAACACUUCUCUUUGCAAAGUUGUACAAUUGGCUCGGCAACUCCUAAAAUCAACAAUGGCUGCCCACCGAAAAUCGAAUGGAUAAUUCCACAUAUAGCUGUCGAAACAAAAGAAAAUAACAAAAAGAAAAUGCACCUUGCACCACAACCGCACCAUUUUAGCCGCCCGUUAACAUCAUUUGCCAUUCCCUUGAAAGGAGUCUUUAUGUUAUCCAUUGUGCUGGCUAGAAAUCAAGCAGUUUAG